UGUAAAAAAGGAAAAAAAAAAAAAAUGACAAAAGCCUUUCCAAAGCAGAGCAACAGCAGUGCUAAAAAGCUGCUUCGACCUGAGUUGCACCAAUUUAAACACUUCCCCUGCUUGUGUGCACUCCCUGGGAGCGCGCAGCACCGCGAUCCGGUGCCCGCUGUGUCCUCCGGACACAGUGGAACACCGAUCGUUGAACGGGACCUCUGUAUGAAGUCCCGAUCAUGUGAUCACUGAUUGGCCAAUCAGUGAUCACAUGCAGAUUAGUAAGCAAGAUGUCACUU